UCGAUUUAUUUUUCUGAGUAUACAGAACGUACUUUCAUUUCGUUGUUUUACAAAAAUAAUAUUUUUAUAUACUUGCGGAUAUUUAAAUCGGCAAAAAAUGUGCCGCUAAAUUAUUGUGAAUCUAAUGGUAUAGACGACUCGCUCAACAAAUAUAUAUUAAAGGCAAUCACGACGAAAACUCAAAUAAGUGCUGAAAUUAUUUGGUGAGUCAUGGAGGAUCCAAAUCGCAUGUUGGCUCACACCGGUGGCAUGAUGGCGCCACAAGGAUAUGGUUUGUCUGGCCAGGACGAUGGUCAAAAUACUGGCAGCGAAAACGAGGUGCGCAAGCAAAAGGACAUUGGCGAGAUAUUGCAACAAAUAAUGAGCAUUUCGGAACAAUCGCUUGACGAGGCACAAGCCAGAAAACACACGCUUAACUGUCACCGGAUGAAGCCGGCACUGUUCUCUGUACUGUGCGAAAUUAAGGAGAAGACUGUCCUUUCAAUUCGCAAUACUCAGGAGGAGGAGCCACCAGAUCCGCAACUCAUGAGGUUGGACAACAUGCUUAUUGCCGAGGGCGUGGCAGGACCCGAAAAAGGAGGUGGCGGAGCGGCUGCUGCAUCUGCUGCUGCGGCCAGCCAGGGUGGAUCCUUGUCCAUAGAUGGUGCUGACAAUGCCAUUGAGCAUUCCGACUACCGUGCCAAGCUGGCACAGAUUCGUCAAAUAUAUCAUCAAGAGUUGGAGAAAUAUGAGCAGGCAUGCAACGAAUUCACCACGCAUGUUAUGAAUCUUUUACGUGAACAGAGCCGCACGAGACCGAUUACACCAAAGGAAAUUGAACGAAUGGUGCAGAUCAUUCACAAAAAGUUUAGUUCCAUACAAAUGCAGUUGAAGCAGUCGACCUGUGAGGCUGUAAUGAUUCUACGUUCGCGUUUCUUGGACGCUCGUCGUAAGCGCCGUAACUUCAGUAAGCAGGCAUCCGAAAUUCUCAAUGAGUACUUCUACAGUCACUUGAGUAACCCAUAUCCAUCCGAAGAGGCCAAAGAAGAGUUGGCACGAAAAUGUGGCAUAACGGUCUCCCAAGUAUCCAAUUGGUUUGGCAACAAGCGAAUUCGCUAUAAGAAGAACAUUGGAAAGGCACAAGAGGAGGCCAAUUUGUAUGCGGCUAAGAAGGCUGCAGGCGCUUCACCGUAUUCCAUGGCUGGUCCUCCGAGUGGGACAACCACACCCAUGAUGUCACCCGCUCCCCCGCAGGAUUCAAUGGGCUAUCCAAUGGGCUCGGGCGGCUACGACCAGCAGCAACCGUACGACAACAGCAUGGGUGGAUAUGAUCCCAAUCUCCACCAGGAUCUAAGCCCCUGAGGAUCAGGGCUGUGAACCACUCCGAAUCGGAGACUCCCUCAUGCAGUUGCGGUCAAAAUAACUGCACUGAAAAUCUAUCAUGCAGUUUCUUCCUAAUUAUGUUUUCUUAGGGCGCUUGUAAGAUGCACUCUUUAUACAAAAUACAGUUUAUAUUUGCUCUUUUGCUAGGACCAACAAUCCCGAAGUUAAACACAACUGUUUAACUACGCUUCCUUGUUUUUUUUUUUUGCAAUCAGUCAGUUAAGCUUAAAAUUCCUUUAAAUUUAGAUAUAGUUCAGAUAGACAUACGUGAGUAGAAUAAAAGAAAGAUUUCAACUAAAUUGUGUUUGCUAGAUUUUGUUAUGUCGAAAACAUUGCUUCUUAUAAAAAAUUAGUACGAUAACAAAAUGUAUUUCUAAAUGGCUCAGUUUCCUGACUAAAACCCGAAGCUAUUCAACAAUUUAAGCAGUAUAUACCGUUAAGGUAUUACGGUCAUAUAUAUGCUUUUAAUUAUUGAUACAAAUGUUAGCAUGUUUGCAACAUGUAAACUGUAAAAUAAAUAAAUACGUAAUUUUUGUUUUAAGCAAGUAUACUUUUUGACCCAACUGAUAUCGGAGUUAAGUCGUAACAUAAAUUCUUGAAAGAUUUAUAAUCAAUGCAGAGACUUCUGUAGGACACCAUUAGCUUAUAUAUUAACCAUUGAAAACAUAUUCAAAGAAACUCAAAUUAACUAAUAGUAUACGAUAUAUUUACAAAGAAUGGAGGCAUAGUUUCAGUGCUUUUACUUUGACCGCAGCUGUGUAUAAAUAUAUUUUAAUACAUUUACCUAUAUUUGCGGGUAUAUACAAAUAUUGCAUGUGUAAAUCAUACUAUGACGGUUCUUUUUGGCUACAGUACGUAUACGACAGCAAAAUAGUGUUUACUAAAUUUAAAUCUGUACGAAAUUUUUAACUUGAACAAUACGAAACUAAACCAUGUAUACGAUGUAUAUCAAAUAAAUAAAUAAUACAUGUUGUUGUUA